AAAUUAUGCCUGUUAUUAUUUAACAAGAAUGAGAGACGAACAAACAGUAACCCUAGGCCUGUAAAUCAAAUGUAAAUAAAGUACCUGUUUACAAAAAAAGUACUGAAUUAAAAUAUUACAGAAAUUAAUUAAAUAUGGCUCGAAAUGCGGAGAAGGCUAUGACUACACUGGCCCGUUGGAGAGCUGCCCAACUGGGAGAGAAUGAAAAAGUUAAAAAGCGACGGCCCUAUCUCGCAUCGGAAUGCAAAAGCCUCUAUGCCUGCGAGAAAUGGAGACUGCAGAUUAUCAGAGAGAUUGCGAAAAAGGUGGCCCAGAUUCAGAACGCCGGCCUGGGCGAGUUCCGAAUUCGUGACUUGAACGACGAAAUCAACAAACUGUUAAGAGAAAAGCGACAUUGGGAGGACCAAAUUAAGGAAUUGGGCGGACCAGACUAUCAAAAGGUAGGACCUCGAAUGUUGGACCAUGAAGGUAAAGAGGUUCCAGGCAACAGGGGCUACAAAUACUUUGGAGCAGCAAAGGAACUACCAGGUGUAAGAGAAUUGUUCGAACAAGAACCUCCACCACCUCCCAGAAAAACACGGGCAGAACUGAUGAAAGAUAUUGAUGCAGAUUACUAUGGUUAUAUGGAUGACGAUGAUGGCAUUUUAAUACCUUUAGAAAUCAAAGCUGAAAAGAUAGCUCUGCAAAAGGUGGACGCCGAAUGGAAAUCUAAAAAAGAACAAGCAAUGGAAACAGAUACCCCAGAAGAGGAAUACGAAGAAGAGAAUAUCUAUAAAGUCCAUGAUUCUGACGAAGAGCAAGAAAAAGAAAUUGUUGAUGGUUCCCAACAAAGAUUCGUUGCACAUGUCCCAGUGCCAUCACAACAAGACAUCGAACAAGCACUUUUAAGGAGAAGGAAACAAGAAUUGAUGGAAAAGUACGGAAUACCCUCGGAACAAUAAAGCAAAUUAUAUUUUUAAGUUAAAACGUUUUUAAUUGUAUUUACACAGUUCAUAAAUUAUUAAUAAAAAAAAAAUUAAAU